AUGACAAACGCGAUAUACUUUGGCAAGUUCCUAGUGACGAAGCAAGUGUUUUACCAAUCAAAAUACUCUUAUGCGCUAGUAAAUCUAAAACCUUUAGUUCCUGGGCAUGUAUUAGUUGUGCCACUUAGAAGAAGUGUUAUCAGUCUAGCUGAUCUAACUGUUGAGGAAAACGACGACUAUUUUAGAACGGUACAGCUUAUACACAAGUUUAUCAAGCUCCAUUACAGUGCAGAUUCUUUGAACAUCGCAAUUCAAGAUGGUCCCGAAGCAGGUCAAACCGUACCCCAUCUACACACUCAUAUAAUUCCUCGUUAUCGACUCAAUAAUAUAGGUGAUCGCAUCUAUAAUUUGUUGGAUGAAUGGACUUAUGAAGACUGGCAAUCUCGCCGUGAGGCCUAUAUCACGGCAGGCGGUCGCAAUGGAAGGAAGCAAUUGGCGAAGCCAGAUGAUCAGCGCAUUGCUCGUACCGAAGAUCAAAUGGUGCAAGAGGCUGAAGAACUUCGUGAAGCGCUUUCAGAUUUUCAGAAAGGAGACUUGAAAAUAAGUUAA